AGGUUGAAGAACGGGAUGUGCCCUGAGAGCGCGACUGAUUAGUCGCAAAAUCCGCAGGAUAAAAUCAAGACGUCUAUCUUUAUCCGAGCGAAGAAAAAGUCGUAAAAAAAAUAAAAUAAAUGAACAGAAGAGGAUCUGAGACGUGGAAACAUGUGGUAGAGUCGCAGCUCGGUGACAAGAAAUGUGUGGAGUCAAACGUGUCGCCUGGCUUGUGCCGUAACAUCAAGAAGAAAGGAAGGUCUCAAAUUUGAUUCUGAUGAACUACUUACGUGAGUUUCUUUGACUGCAACUGGAGCAGUGGAAGAGCCGGAGUUCCUCCUGCAGCCUCUGACCUGCACAUCUGUCUCUGUCUUACUCCGCUGGAAGUGAUUAAAUCCCACGCAUUUCAUCUUUCUCUGCUCCACUGUCCUCUGACCUCCGCCUGUCGACUGUUCUCCUACUUCAAGCUCCCCAACCCUCCCUCCAGCUCUCCACCCGACCUCUGACCCUAAUCCCCUCUUUUCUCUCCUUUCCACCAUCCUCCUUGAAUCAUUCUCAAUCGCCACAACUAACCCGCCACGCUUCAUCUUGGCUCGCCACUGUGGUGUCACGCAAAACCCGCCCGCUCCCGAUUGGUCAACAGAACCUUUCUAACCCUCAAAGUGAAGCCGAAGCCGACUCUCUGGUCAUAACUAAUUUCUCCCAGAGUGUCCUCUUCGUGGCGAGAAGCAACAAUGCUGGAGAACAUGUCCAGACGUAACCGCUCCCUGCUGUCGCUUUCCCUCACCUCGCUGGCCCUCACGCUGUCCGUCUCGGCUUUCUGCACCUCCUAUUGGUGUGAGGGGACGCACAAGGUGGUGAAGCCUCUCUGCCUGUCACCUGUCAAGUUGAAGAACUGCGGGCAGAACAACAGCCAGCCGUACACCACAGAGACCCCCACACCGGACCCCAGGCAGCUGCUCUCCAACGUGACGCUGUCUCCGCUGCAGAAGGAGGAGCUGGCCAGGAUAAAGAGGAAGCAGAUGGCCAACGCCGUCCAGUACAUCUGGGAGACGGGCGAGGACAAGUACAUGCUGCGCUACUUCCACACCGGCUUCUGGCUCUCCUGUGAGAAGCACAAUGAAGGUGAAGAAAGGUGUCGCAGCUUCAUCGAGCUGACGCCAGGAGAGACACAAGGUGUCCUCUGGCUUUCAGUCAUCAGUGAGUUCACGUACAUCGGUCUUCUGGCCAUGGGCUUCCUGCUGAUGUGUGUGGAAGUGAUUUGCCUCUGUGCCAAGAGGGAGAUGAACGCCCUCAAGAUCAACGCCUUCGCCGCCAUGUGCACUGUCCUCUCAGGUUUGAUGGGGAUGGUAGCACACAUGAUGUACACCACAGUGUUUCAGAUGACCGUGAGCAUCGGGCCCAAAGACUGGAGGCCACAGACCUGGGACUACAGCUGGUCUUUUGCCAUGGCGUGGCUGUCCUUCAGCUGCUGCAUGGGGGCCGCCGUGGCCACGCUCAACUCCUACACCAAGACCCUCAUAGAGAUGAAGCAUCGGGCCCGGGUGAGGCUGGAGGACGCUCGCGCCGCCGUCUGCGCCCCCUCCUACGAGGAGGUCGUUCGAGCCAGCGGUGGAGGCGUUUACUCCGUCAGUCAGCUGAUCCAGCUCGGCGAGCAGGGGGCGCUCAUUGACCCUCUGUGGCCCAGAGGAGUGGGACCAGCCGUCGGUCCCCUGGCGCUGGUGGACCCUCAUGGCAUCAUGGUGGUGGAGGGAUGCUGCGCUGAAGGGUGUGAAGACUGUGAACGGGAGAUGGACGAGAUAGAUUAUGCUCUGCAGGAGGAGAGAGAGGACUCACUCUGCUGA